AUGUCCUUGGACAAAGAUACAUAUGAACCUGAUCAAAUAUACACAAUCUAUCAAGAAUAUGCGAAACGAUUGUUAUUAUCUCGGAGACAUCAUCUAUCUAUCUAUCUAUCUAUCUAUCUAUCUAUCUAUCUAUCUAUCAUCUAUCUAUCUAACAUUUUCAACAGAACUUUCACAUCGAUCGAUCUAUCUAUCUAUCUAUCUAUCUAUCUGCACUGCCGGAGGCAGGCGAAGCUUCCUUUGAGUUUCGGAGGCCUGGGCCUUCGAUCAGCGGCAGACUUGGCUUUUCCAUCAUAUCUUUCUUCACUUUCUUCCAGUCGUGAAUUCAUUGAUGAGAUACUUGGUGGAUCGUCUCAUUGUUUCUCGGGUAGUUCUUUUGAACAAGCUUGCAGCGUCUGUGCCCAAGAAUGGCUUUCUAUCCCACAAGACACAUCAAAACAGAAAAGCUGGGAUAAAAUAACAUGCGAGGCUAAUUUUACUAAUUUGAAGCUCUCCUUGAUCAGCGCUGCCUCGCCAGUCUACUAUCUGCUUUACAACCGAGCAGUGGCGCCUGGCUCAACGCAGUGCCCUCUUCAUCUACCGGUACCCUUCUAG